UCGGUACGCGGGGAACGAAGACGGACGCCGCCGACAAUGGAGAAGAAACAGGGAUUCUACUCGGUGCUGGAGGAGUUGGUGGUUCGGGGCCUAUCGCCGGCGAGGCCGCGGCCGAAGAGUCCGUCGGAGAGGAGACAGUACUCCGCGUCCGCCACUCUGCGCUUCAUCCCGCGGCGGUGGCAGGGGCACGGCCUGCGGCAGCCGGUGGAGCAGCAGUGGCCGGAGUUACAGCUGAUUGGGCGAUCGGCGGGCUUUCGGCCCGGAAGGGAGGUCCUCGCGCCGCUCGCGGAGGGCCCCCAAAGCGAGGAGCCGGAGGGCGUCGGUGGCUCGAGGAGGGAAGGGUGGGGACAUUGGUUCUGGGGCCAUCUAGCCCGGCAUCCCUCUGUUGCGUCCUCGGUCUCCGCUACGUCGUUCCGCUGCUCCGACCUCCGCCUACUUCUAGGAGUCAUGGCGGCGCCGCUCGCCCCUGUUCAUGUCAACGCUGGCGAUCCGCUCCCCCACCUCCGCAUCAAAGAUACUCCCAUUGAAGCAACGUCGGCGCAGUACAUCCUGCAGCAGUACGCGGCCUCCACCGGCGGCGUCAAGUUGCAGAGCUCCAUCAGGAACGCUUACGCCAUGGGCAAGGUGCGGAUGGUGGCGUCAGAGUUCGAAACAGCCACCAAAGUGGUGAAGAAAGGCGGCGCUUCGAUCCGCGCGAUCGAGUCCGGCGGCUUCGUCCUCUGGCAGAUGGCCCCCGAAAUGUGGUACGUCGAGCUCGCCGUCGGCGGAAGCAACGUCCACGCCGGCUCCAACGGCAAGCUCGUUUGGCGGCACACCCCCUGGCUCGGCUCCCACGCCGCCAAGGGCCCCGUCCGCCCCCUCCGGCGUGCCCUCCAGGGGCUCGAUCCACUGACCACGGCGAGCAUGUUCGCCGGCGCACGUUGCAUCGGCGAGAGAAAUAUCAACGGGGAGGAUUUCUUCGUGCUCAAGCGCUGCGCGGAUCCACAAACUCUGAAAGCCCGGAGCGACGGCCCCGCCGAGAUCAUCCGCCACGUCCUCUUCGGCUACUUCAGCCAGCGAACGGGCCUCCUGGUCCACAUCAAAGAUUCCCAUCUCACGCGCAUCCAAUCCAACGCCGGUGGCGACGCCGUCUACUGGGAGACCACCAUGGAUUCUUUCCUCCACGACUAUCGCCCUGUGGAAGGCAUAAUGGUCGCGCACUCCGGCCGAUCGGUGGUCACUCUGUACAGGUUCGGCGAGACGGCGAUGAGCCACACCAAGAUCAGGAUGGAGGAAGCCUGGACCAUCGACGAGGUGGCAUUCAACGUCGCCGGCCUGUCGGCGGACUGCUUCAUCCCUCCGGCAGACAUAAGGCGCGGUUCCAUAAGCGAAACCCGCGAGUUUCCCCAUUGCGAGAGGAGCAAAGCAGCAAGCAACCGCGCGAAGGUGGCGGCGUCGGAUAAACACCGACGCGCAAGCGACGCAAUCGUUUGGAGGGUCGAGGUUUAGCAUUCAGUAGUGCAACAAAUUAAAAACUGGAUUAAUUGUUCCUUCAUUCUGCGUGCUAACCACUGUUGUUCAUGCACUAAUUCCUACUUACGAACUCUAGCAUUAACACAGAUCUCACUUAUUAAUUAGCUACUAA